CGUACUGUUUAUAAGGAAGUGACUUUGCACUCCUACAGUAGUCCUGUCUGUUUGUUGGCGUGAGUGUGUGUGACAUUUGGAAGCAUGAAGACCUUCGUGUUGUUGAUGUGCCUUGCAGUGGGCUGCCUGGCUCAGACACCUCGUCCGUGCAGGUCUCCCCCUCUUCUGACUGGAGCCAUGUCAGUGGCAAAUGAGAAGGUUAAUGCAUAUGCAAAAUACGACUAUGACGCGUUAGGCGAGCGUAUCCGCUUCAAGGAGAUGGGAUCUUAUGAGAACAAGACAUUCGGCCUGGAUGCCCUUCUGCUCUUCAGAGAGGGCGUCAUGUAUACGAUUAACCACAAGAACCGUACAUGUAAGAAGGAGAGGCUGAAUAAGGAGGACUUCCACCCCAUGGAGAUCCCUGCAGAUGCUGCUCUGCUGGGGCAGGUGAUCCUAGGGAGCUCCUCUGGUCCGGGACAGGGUCUGCUGGUCAACACCUGGUAUGGAGAACGUGCAACCCCAACUGGUGGUAAAGACAAGUGGUUGAGCACCUUCACUGAGUUUGGCUGCAUACCUGUCAGCACUACGUACUACACGGACAAGACUGGCUGGGUGCUUACAACCUUCUUCAACAUUGUUGUUGGGAUCGAUGACCCCCAGCAGUUCUUCCCUCCUAAGUUUUGUCAGGGCGCUAAACUGGAUGCGACUGCAGAUGCAGCCAACUUCUACAGCAUUUUUAAAAACAUAAACUAACGGACCAGGUCCUUCAUUUUCUUUUCUUAUGAGAUUUUCACACAACUAUUGCUUAUUUUUAACCUGUGAUAAAUGUUUUAAUGAAUUUAUAAUUAUAAAAAGGGAUAACUCAUUAAUGUAUAAGAAAAGGGUUAAACCAUGAAUUAUAAAAAAAUUCCAGUACUGACCAUGUAACAUAUGUGAACAUUUUACCUUUGACAAAUGUUAAUUGCUUUCCUUACUACAUAUAGGCCUUGGAAAUGUAAACUUGCACUGUGAACUGUCCUUCUGAAUAAAAUGUCAAGUCUACAGUAAUUGUUCUAUAGUAUAGUUGGACAGCUUUUCACAAGACCUCUGUUCAUAUCGUGUAGACAAAGAAAUGUGUGUACAUCUUUUGUCUAGAUAAAAGUUGGUCAGUUGUA